AUGAUUUGUUUGGGUAAAUAUCACAAUAGUUUAAUGGAUAUACUUAAAUUGGUAGAAUAACAAUAUCAAUAUAAAUUAAUUAUUUUGACAGUAUUUUCAAUGCUUAUAGGUUAUAUUUUUAUUAUUGUUAUGUUGAGUCUAAUCAUAGUUAUUUAUGCUAUACUGCCAAUCAAGAUUGGUAUGGCUGAAUGA